CACGGAAAUGGUUUAGGUAAAACGCUCUUCCUGAAGUUAUUUUUCUUAACCUGUGUAUGCGGUAUAUUAUCUUUCCUCUUCAUAAAUAUGGAGUGAGUCUAAACGAGGCAGCAGAUGCGGCAGGCGGGCCCCUCGUCUCCCAGCUGGCGCUCCCCCCCCGACUGCCUCCCCCUCAGGGCCCCGGGCCGCCGGGCGGAAUGUGGAAGUGACCCCUCGGGGGACCCGGAGAAACGCGAAGUGAGAGCGGCGCGCGGUGAGUGUCCGUUGAAGAGCAGCUCGGUGCGGGGAAGCCCGACUUGUUGGUUCGGUUCGGCUCCGCGCUGCGCAGCACGACGUGUUGUCGGUGUCCAGCCCGCGCGUCUCUGCAGGAUGUGGUCCGUCCUGAGCUUCUACACGUGCUACCUGCUGUGCUUGGGCCUGAGCCUGGCCUGCGUGGUGUGCGUGUGCUUGUGGAGCAGCCAGUGGCGAGGCGGCUUCGCCUGGGACGGCACGGCGCUGCAGUUCAACUGGCACCCGGUGCUGAUGGUCACGGGCCUGGUUGUGCUGUACGGCAAUGGCGCUGUGUUGUACCGCGUCCCGCUGACCUGGGGUCAGAACAAACUGCCCUGGAAACUGUUGCACGCCGCCGUGAUGCUCCUCGCCCUGAUCCUGUCCGUCGUGGGGCUGUGCGCCGUGUUUGACUUCCACAAUGCUCAAAACACUCCCAACCUCUACUCCGUGCACAGCUGGGUUGGAAUCGUGGCGUCUGCUCUUUUCGCCAUGCAGUGGGCGGCGGGCGCGGCCGGCUUCCUCCUGCCCUGCUCACCCCCGACGCUACGUGCCCUGCUGAAACCCGUCCACGUGUGGAUGGGAGGCAGCAUCCUGUGUCUCAGCAUCGCUGCCUGCAUCUCCGGAAUCAACGAGAAACUCUUAUUCGUUCUGAAAAAUGGUGCGAAUAAAACGUACGCUGAUCUUCCGCCCGAGGCCUUGUUCGCAAACGUUCUGGGAGUUUUGAUCGUAGCCUUCGGCCUGGUCGUCCUCAAGAUUUUGUCCAACCGAGAAUGGCAGCGACCGGACUCCAGACCUCCGGACCUGACUUACACGCCGUUGCUUCAAGAAGACAAUGAGUGAAUGACAAUUUUUAAUCGCUCAGCCAAAACUGUCACAAAAUCAGUCACAAUUCACUUCAACAAUCCAAAAGAUCUACUUUGAAUGUACAAGCAGCUGUCUGAGACCUGUGCAAAUUAUCUAAUAUUAAAUUAUGUAUAAUCUG